AUGGAUCUGGCAGAACAAGCACAGUACAUCGCUGACCCUGUUGCCGUUAUUAUUGCAGUCGGCGAAAAAGAACCCACAGCCUUGAUAGAAUCACCCACAUUGGGACGCCCUCUUCCGGAAACAUUGUCUGAACGUCAAGUGGAUAAUUUACUGGAAGCACCUGAUGUUAUUGACCCACUGGGUUUACGUGACCGCGCCAUGCUAGAAUUGCUGUAUGCCACUGGUCUGCGCGUUUCCGAGCUAGUGACCUUGGAAAUAUCACAAGUUAACCUACAGCAAGGUGUGUUACGGGUAAUGGGGAAAGGCAAUAAGGAGCGCCUUGUGCCCAUGGGCGAUGAGGCAGCCGAUUGGAUCCUACGCUACCAAGCUGAGUCUCGCCCGCUUCUGAUACAAG